GCCAACGAAAUGGCCAAGCGGAUUCCAUCGCGUUGGGGAGGUGCUGGGCUCUGGUGCCUCUUGGGGCUCUCGAGCGGGGAAUAAUUGGCAAGCGUAAGCCGCCAAAACCUGUCACCACGCCUGUACAUACGUCAAUUCGAAACACGCGCUUUUGCCAUCGAGAUGCUGGAUGGACCUUUUUCCACUUCACUUCUACCCUUUCUAUAUCACUGCUUCGGCGUUCGGCUCAUGAGGCAACGCAAACCACUGCCGGCUGACGACAGUACGACUCUACGAAUUGCUAAUUGAAUAGGAGUCUUCGACCGCUCUCUCACAUCUCUUCCACGACGUUCGCGACUCAAGCUCCCCGCCACCACCAACACCAUGUCCGGCGUCGAGGACGUCGAACAAGGUACGGGGAUUAAGCACAAAUCUCCCUACACGCCGCACCAUCAGAUUCCCACGGUCCAGAAAUACCGCGAAGAGAAACACGAUCGAGAGGAGAAGUAUGGCGCGUCCGACGGCGAGACAGACGAUCGAAGCACGCUCGACCGACUGGGCGACGCGUACACGACGCUUCGACACGGUACAGAAGCGGUGAACCCGAACGAGAGCACGCAGCCGUACAAAGCCGCGAAUAAGAACGCUGAGCAUGAGGAGGGCAUUGCGGACGACCAUGCCGGAAGAACGGAGGACACGGAGGGCAGGGAGGACAAGGAGGACCAGGGCAAGGAAGACCAGGGCAAGGAAGACCAGAGCAAGGAUGAGGAUACGGCUGAAGAUACCACGGAGGGCAUGCUGAGCGAGGCAAACCCGAAGAAGGCUCGCAAGGCCAUGAAAAAGUUCAACGCCGAUGGAUCGGAGCGCCAGGUUACGGAUCCUGUUACUCACCUUCCGAUUACUAUACACGACUUCACGGAUAAGGACCUGAAGAAGACGCCGAAGAAUGGACCACCCGCAGGAUCUGAGCCAAGGUCUGCGACGGGCGCACCUGCUUUGAACAAGAGUGACAAACAGCUCGCCGAAGAGGGCCACGAGUCACAGAACGCCCACGGGGUCAUGGAGACGUUAUUUCCUCCGCCCGACUUCGACAUGAUGAGGGAGGGGAUGAAUGACGUUUAUAUGAAGGCCCUCAUGGUGGGUAUGGGCAUCGUCUGCGUCAUCUUGCUCGUCGCGGUGGUACUGAUCGAGCUUACCCUACGUUCGAUGGGCUGGUCACGGACUAUCAUCGCUAUUGCCGAAGUAAUAGCUGGCAUCGUUGCUUCGAUGGUGACCAUAACAGGUAUGCGCGAAUGGGCCUCGAACAGGGUACGUGGGUAUUGGGAGACGGAAGUCUGGCAGGCUGAAAGGGAGCGCGGCAAGGACCUCGCGAAGAGCGAGACGGCUGAAAGCGCGCAAUGGCUGAACUCGCUGCUCGCGUCCAUCUGGCCGUUGGUUAAUCCGGAUCUGUUCACCAGCGUCUCAGACACACUCGAGGACGUCAUGCAAGCCAGUCUACCUAAGAUGGUCCGCAUGGUCUCUGUCGACGACCUCGGUCAAGGCAGCGAAGCGCUUCGUAUACUUGGAGUUCGGUGGCUCCCGACUGGGGCAGCAACUCAUUCGGUCUCUCACGACGGCAGCCUCAAAGCUCCCGAUGACGAAAAGAAUGAUCGGACGGUACCCGGGCAGGGCGAAAUGCAGAGUGGUGCGGACGAGAAGGAUGAAGACGGCGACGGACAAGAUGACGGUGUUGCCGAAGGCAUGGAGGCUGAGGAAGGCGAUUUCGUCAACGUCGAGGUUGCGUUCGCAUACCGGCCUUCCACUGGCCGUAAGGGUAUGAAGGAGCGGGCCAAGAAUGCCCAUCUUUAUCUCGCAUUUUACUUGCCUACCAACAUCAAGCUGCCUGUCUGGGUCGAAGUCAAAGGCUUUAUCGGAGUUGUGCGUCUUCGACUGCAGCUCACUCCUGAUCCGCCUUUCUUCUCCCUCUGCACCAUCACCUUCCUCGGCCAGCCUCGGGUCGAUCUGGCGUGUGUUCCAUUGAUCAAACAAGGUCCCAAUCUUCUCGACGUUCCUUUGAUCUCGCGCUUCGUACAGUCGUCUGUGGACGCCGCUAUGGCCGAAUACGUAGCGCCGAAAUCGCUCACUCUCGAUCUUAAGGACAUGCUCAUGGGCGAUGACUUCAAGAAGGACACAAGCGCACGAGGCAUUUUGGUGGUUAAUAUUAAACGCGCCUUCGACUUCAAAGAAGGCGAUUCUGGGAUUGGCCCAUUCAAGAGUGGUUCGGCAGAUCCGUAUGUGAGCGUGGGGUGGGCCAAGUUUGGCAAGCCGCUCUGGUCGACGCGUAUUCUUCAGAACAACAUGGAGCCGCACUGGGAUGAAACCUGCUAUCUUCUCAUUACGCCAGACGAGUUGAACGUGGAAGAGAAGCUGCGGGUGCAGUUAUGGGACUCCGAUCGUUCAACGGCGGACGAUGAUCUUGGCCGCAUCGAGCUGGACAUCAAGACGCUCAUGAAAGACAGAGCGACGAAUGGGAAGAUGUGUGAUCGCGAGGAUGGCUUCAAGUCUCUCAAGGCCGGCGAGGGCAUGCCGGGCAAGCUGACCUGGAGCGUUGGAUACUUCUCGAAGACGAGAAUCACUGACGAUCAGCUUGCGGCGCAAGAAGAGGACCCUGAGAUUAAGAACAUUGACCAGUUGAAAGAGAAGGUGUACAAGGAGAGUGAGAAUAAGUUACGGGAGGCUAGCAAGGACGAGAGCGAUGAGGUUGAGCAGCAGAAGCAACAAGACUUGAAGGCCCGCCAAGAUCAGCUCAUCAUCGCUUCUCCGCCGCCUCAGCACUACCCCUCGGGCAUCCUCAGCAUCCAAAUCCACCAAAUCACCGGUCUCGAGCUUGAGUCUAUUAACAAGAACAAGGGGUCGAAGAACGAAGGUGCGAGCGACGAGGAAGAAGAGGGCGAUGACCUUCCUUCGGCAUACAGCACCAUCAUCCUCAACCACCAGAAGGUCUUUAAGACAAGGACCAAGCCCAAGAACUCUAAGCCCUUCUUCAAUGCCGGCUGCGAGCGCUUCAUCCGCGACUACCGAAACACUGAGGUUCAUAUUUCCGUCCGUGACUCGCGUGUACAUGAGGAUGAUCCGCUUCUGGGCGUCAUCUACCUCCCGCUUUCUAAGGUGCUCAAGGACCGCAGUCAGAUCAAUACCAAUUACCCGCUCUCUGGCGGCAUCGGGUACGGUCGCGCUCGCAUCUCCAUGGUCUUUCGAUCAGUGCAGCUGCAGAGUCCGCCGAGGAUGCUGGGCUGGGACUACGGCACUCUGGACAUCAACCCCGUCGUCAAGGCUAUUGAUGUUCCACAGGAUCUGCAUCACCUCAGGAUGAAGAUCCGUACGAACAUGGCUCGCGGCAAACUGCACUCUGGGUCUGAAAAUGAGGAGCUGAAUACGGAAGAUGGCCAUGUUGUCUGGAAGGCGAAAAAGGAGAAUGCGCUACGUCUUCCGGUGCGCAAGCGCUACUCCUCUCCUCUGAUUGUCGAGUUCCGCAAAGACUCCGCACUCGCAGAUCGCACGCCCGCCUUCUGCAUCCUUUGGCUGAAAGAUAUCCCCGACAACGAGGAGCAGACCGUCCGCCUCGCCGUCUGGAAGGGCGAUCUAGCCCGCGCCCAAGACAACGUCCUCCCCGAGUACGGUGAGAAAGUCGGCGAAAUCGAACUCAAGAUGACCUUUUGGUCCGGCCUCUCAGGGUACCACGCUCCGCUCGGCAAGAAAGACCCACACAUGGCCGACGUCAUGGAAGUCCUGGACACCUGCCACGAAAACGACGACAUGGAGUACGACGAGGGUCCCGAAGACGCCUCGUCCUCUUCCUCGUCGGACUCGGACUCUGACGAUGAAAUGGAGAAGGAUGGGAAGCGCGGCAAGAUUGCUGAGAUCAAGGACUAUAAGAAGCAUAGUAAGCAGUUGCAUCGCAGGAACAGAGGGGCGAUGCAGUGGAAGGGCCCGAGGACGCUGGCGUGGAUGAAACAUGCCGCGGAGAAGGGAGAGGCGAAGGUGGAGGGGCUGUUUAAGCAUGGAGAUAGGAGCGGUGGGGGUAUUGAGACGGAGGUCUGAAUGGUCUUGCUACGGAGAUAUUUCUGUGCAUUUUGGACAGCGCUGGGAGGCGGCGUUUGGGAAUCUCUGGGUGGUGCUAUUGGGAUAUGGAACUGAGGGGCCUUUGUAAAGGCUCUCUGAGUUGCUCUCACGGCGUACUGGGACUGACCCCUAGUAUCUGGAAGGCUUAAAUUGAUCGUCAGUUCAGUUAAUGAGUCUUUGCUGCAGAUGAUAACGUAUUCGUUCGUGCUCUCGCUUGUAUU